GAGCGAGAGCGCGCAGAGAAAGACGUUGAGCGCGUCUGACUGAAACUGGCUCGAGCGCUGGUCGGUGCGCGCAAAACCUGCUCACAGGAUAAUUUUUAUCGAAUAAAAAUAUUUUCCUAACUUCAGACGACAAUUUCUUAUUAAAUAAAUCCGUAAUGACACGUCGCAGUAACAAAUAAACGAAAUCAUCGGGGUGGAAAACUGGAAUAUGCCUCCACCUGACAUUCAAAGGUAAAAUCUCCUCAGAAAAAAGGAAUUUGUUACUUACGGAAGGAACUGAAACAACUAAACUGUUUUUAAAUUGCCUUCAUUAAUUAUCCAGAGGAGAUAUUGGUAUUGAAUUCGUUCGAGGAGCUCGGUGGCUGUUGUUGUUAUUAUAAAGAUAAUUGUGCGUCAAGUUGUUGAACAGGGAUGAUGAGAGUUUGAAGCGCACGCGACUCCCGCCGCUCCCGCGCGCCGGAGGAUCCGUCCGUUCAUGUUCAUGGAGUUUAUAAGCGGGAGCCGCUAGAAUGGAUGCAGUGAUUGAUGAAACGGAGGCCUUACAACGAUUCUUCGAAGGUCAUGAUAUUAACAGCUCUUUGGAGCCAACAAACAUUGACACCAGUAUCCUGGAGGAAUACAUCAGCAAAGAGGACGACAGCACUGACAUUUGUUUCACAGAGGUCCACAGCACCCCAGGACCCCAGUAUACUUCACCCCAGGCCGGGGCAUCCUCUUCAGGGGGGUUAGGGUGUGGCGUGAGCCCCCCCAUCCCCCUGCGCCAGGGCACCGUCCCGUCUCUGCCCCAGGCCUGCCAGAAUCCCUAUCCACCUCCACCACCACUGGGCCACCUCAGACACAACUACCCCUGCCUGGGGCAACAGCAGAGCCAAACACCCCAACAGCCACACGUCAAACCGGACCACCGCGGACAGUACGCACCCGGAACACUACCCGAGUCCCCUCCAGACUCCAGCUCAGAGCCGUAUUCACCCCAGCAAGCCAACGAUCCGCACAUGCUCAGGACAAUGACGCCCGAGAACAUGUGUCACAUGACCAGUCCUCCGCCUCUCCCCACACACCCCCUCUAUCCCAGCAUGCACCGGGACAUGUACCUUAAGCCAGAGCCCAUGAUCUCGCAGUAUCCGAUUGGUCCGACCAGCGGCGGGGGCGGAGACAUUCAACAGACUCAGAUGCUACAUCAACUCCUGCAACAUCCACAAGGACCAGAUGGGAUUCCUGUACAUCCGGCAAAGAAGAGAAAACAUUCAGACUCUCCCAACAGCACUCUCAACUCCCAGAUACUCACGGGCAUCAUCAAACAAGAGCCAGGUUUGAUGCAGGAUGCAGAAAACUCAUACCUGGAUCCAAACUAUCAGUGCAUAAAGUGGCAGGCGCACCAGCAGAACAAAUGGACUACGUUAUACGACUCCAAUGGAAAAGAACUUCCGAUGCCUACCUAUAGGGUGGAUGCAGAUAAGGGUUUUAACUUCUCCUUGGCUGAUGAUGCAUUUGUGUGUCAGAAGAAGAACCACUUCCAGGUGACUGUGUACAUCGGAAUGCCGGGAGAUCCCAAAUACGUGAAGACCGGCGAGGGGCUGCAGCCCAUCGAAUGCUUUUACCUGAAACUCAAUGGGGUCAAGCUGGAAGCAAUGAAUCAGUCCAUUAAUGUGGAACAGUCACAGUCUGACCGGAGCAAACGACCCUUUAAACCAGUGUUAGUGACAUUGCCGCCAGAACAGGUUACAAAGGUAACGGUGGGUCGUCUCCACUUCAGCGAGACCACAGCCAAUAACAUGAGAAAGAAAGGCAAGCCGAACCCCGACCAGAGGUACUUCAUGCUGGUGGUAGCUCUCCAGGCUCAGUGUCACAGUCAGAGCUUCACGGUGGCGGCUCACGUCUCCGAGAGGAUCAUCGUCAGGGCAUCUAAUCCAGGUCAGUUUGAGAGUGACAGUGAAGUGUUGUGGCAGAGAGGGCAGAUGCCAGACUCUGUGUAUCAUCACGGCCGAGUGGGCAUCAACACGGACCGGCCGGACGAGGCCCUGGUUGUCCACGGCAAUGUGAAGGUCAUGGGAUCCCUUGUGCAUCCUUCCGAUAUUAGAGCCAAGGAGAAUGUGAAGGAGGUGGACACCACUGAUAACCUGAGGCGGAUUUCUCAAAUGAGGCUGGUGCAUUAUCAGUAUAAGCCUGAGUUUGCAGCCACAGUGGGCAUCGACACCACCGCUGAGACCGGGGUGAUCGCUCAGGAGGUCCAGCAGAUUCUACCGGAGGCUGUGAAAGAGGGAGGAGAUGUGGUGUGUGCUAACGGAGAGACCAUCCCUAAUCUACUGGUGGUCAAUAAAGAUCGGAUCUUCAUGGAGAACGUGGGAGCGGUGAAGGAGCUCUGCAAACUCACUGAUAAUCUGGAGACUCGCAUUGACGAGCUCGAACGCUGGAGCCGAAAACUAGCCAAACUGCGUCGGCUAGACAGCAUGAAGAGCACCGUCAGUGGAGGCACAGUCAGCCAAUCAGGAAGCUAUUUUAGCAGAACAGGAAGUGGUCCACUCAAGAAAAAAACAGCUAAGCCAGGAAGCAAGAGGUCCGUCCCGGAGCAGAGCUGUCUGAGUCACAGAUUCAUGCAGGGCACCAUCCUGGCACUGGUCAUCAUAAUGGCCUUCAGUGUCAUAUCCAUGUCCAUCCUCUAUGUGCUCAAUCUUCAACACCAUGGAAGCAUAAGUGAUGUUGAGGGUGUCGUUUGUAGCUCUGCGUCCCACUGCCUUCUUUUCGUCUCUUGGACGCCCUUCCUCACUACAACCGUCACAUUCUGUCCAUCCUUCUGUCUGUGGUCUCGUUCUGCUCUGGGUUCGGCUCAAAAGGCUUCUUUCUCACCUGCCAGAAUGACCACAUCCACUCUCUCUCCAGACUCCACCUCCCCAUCGUUGUCCAAUCACCCACCCUGCUGCCCUCCAACACCUGCCACAACCAACCAAUCAGCCACUAUCAGUCUGUUGCCAGGCAACAACCAAUCCACACCAGACUCCAGCACUGCCGUUCCCACCCAGGCCACUAUUAAUAAGAAGGCAAAAUCUCGGCCGCUGGACAAAGACAGCCGGAACAAGAACCGUCUGAGUCACACGUCGGCUCCUCUGAAUCUCAGCAAAGUCAAACGGCCGCCUCAGCCUCCAGAGAUGAGCGGAGCAACCAAACGCUUGCCUGGUGGACAACAGCCUCCGUCCCGGAGACAGCGCAGCGUCAACGCACAUGGUGGAAAUCCACUAGCCUGUCUGAGCAAACUACACAUCCUCGAGAUGGAUCAGGAGAUCAGAACACUUGAUUGUUCCUCACCUGAGAGCUGCAGCUUUACUGUGUUUCUAAAUGGGGACAGAAACUCAUCAAUGUCUUACAUUACUCUGCACAUGAUCUCCCCUGAGGUGGUGUGGGUGUGGCAGUGUGGAGCCACCAGGGGGCGUCUCUGUUCAAAUCACCCAGAAGCUUCUUUGUCAUUAAAGCGGAGCACUUUUACAACGGGGACCAGCCACCUGUGGUCACUUCCUGUUAUGCCUUUUCAAGAGGUCACCUAUCAUUUCAGAGUGUCACAUUCAAGUCAAAGUGGAUGCAGCAGUGAAGAUGACGUGUCCCCCCAGUGCUCUGAGUACAGUUUCCUCAUUCAAAGCGCAUGCUAAAGAGCGUCAAGAUUCAUGCCAUUCAGCUUCAGCUUCUCCUGUGUCCACUCAUAUCGCCCCCUCAGAUUCAGAGACUGUUUUAUCUGGGCGGGCUGUUAAAGACGUCUUAUCUGUG